UCCUUGCUUGUUGGUGGCAAACUGUUACAGAGAACUCGAAUCUGUAACUCACAAUAGAGGAGCGUCAAAUGAAUGUAAGGAGACCUAAGGAUGACAUAAUGAUAUCAGAGAAUGUGUGAGCUUGUUUUGGAUUACAUUCCUGGCCAACUCUGAAUGGGAAUACUCAGCAGACGGCCUGUGAUGGAAACCUUACAUUAAGAAAACAGGUCAACUCUGCUUCACUCUUCAUCCCCAUCCUCUCCUUCAGUGCUCACCAGUGAAAGAGCGAGCGGUGGUGAGAGCUCUUCCACAAUGAGAGACCGUCUGGAGGAGCUGCAGAAGAGGGCUCAAGACUUUUCUGAGGCAGCAAGUGAGAAUGCCAACCCUUUCUCAGGGGAGGGGGAUGAUGAUGACUCUGUUUCGGUCAUAACGCCCCAGGCUGUGGUGUUCGAGGAAGAGCCGAUCAUUGAGAAUUUCCUGUCUGAGGCUCAGCUAAUCCGAGAUGAUAUCACAGCGCUGGACAUAGAGGUCCUUAAGUUUUGCCAGCAGCAAAAGACCUUGGUGGCGACCAUGCGUCGCUUCAGUGUGAUGAAGAAAGAGAGCAGCAUAACCCGUGACAUCAAGCUCAAGGCUGAGAGCCUCCAUCGACGCUUAGACGCGCUUUCAAAACAGGCCCAAAGGACUGAGGACCAGCAGGGACCUACUGCUGUUACAACAAGAAUACAACGCUCCCAGCAUGCAGCGCUUUACCGCAAAUUCCAGCAGGUAAUGCUGCAGUAUAAUGAAGGUCUGCUGACCAAGCAGGAGCACUGUAAGCACUUCAUUAUCCGGCAGCUGGAGGUAUCGGGAAGGGAUGUGACGGAGGAGGAGGUGAAUGAGAUGGUGGCCACAGGAAAGUGGGAGGUGUUUAAUGAGAACCUGCUGAAUGAUGCCAAAAUCACACGGUCACAGCUAUCUGAGAUUGAACAGCGACACAAGGAGCUGUUGAGUUUGGAGAACAAUAUGAAGGAGCUGAGGGACCUGUUCAUGGACAUUUUCAUGCUGGUGGAGGAACAAGGAGCCUAUAUUGAACACAUCCAGACGAAUGUAGAGAGGACACAGGAUUACGUGGCUGCGUCUAAUGAGAAGUUCAAGAUGGCCGCCAGAUACAAGAAGAAGAACCCACUUCGACAGCUGUGCUGCUGCUGCUGUCCUCCCUGGAGAUGCUGCUUAUAAAACAUACCUUUUUCCCCCCUUAUUUUUACCUCAAUGCUCAUUGCAAAAUAAGGUUUUAUUUCAAAAGUCUCACUUACCUGUUUGGAGUGAGCAAUGUUGGAUUCAAGUACCAUUAAAGUGAAGGUUAUGGCAUUGCAGUUUUUGCUGUUGAACAGAGCAACGGUGAAGACGGAUUCAGCGGAGCGUAGAAAACAAUUAGGUUGGAAAGGCCGGAAUUGGUAUUUGAGGCACUUGUGUUUCUUUCAGGAGAAUGUGAGGCAACUGCUAUUGGAAGAGACAGUUCAGUGAGUGCUACUCACCAACAUAGCUGCUUAUUGGAGACCUUCACUGUCAUCUGACAGAGGUCAAAAACAAGGGGAGACCACUGACUCUGCCACUGCUAGAUCAGCAAGACUGAUUUUUUUUUUUUUUUUUGAAAGAGCCCCUUAUUUUUUUCUGCCACAGGAGCUCCUAUUAAUGACCAUUUAUUUUUUAUACAGUAUGUGCACUUUAAGACUUAUCUUUAUUUUCUUUUUUCUUUUCAGCACAAACUAAAAUUUCAACAUAGAGUAAAAGAUUCUCUUUCUAAGAGAUUUUGAGCCAUUAUGUAUUCAUUCUUGGCCCACACGCUGGGGAAAGAAGAACAUGUUUUACAAUUAGUUACUAGUCUCAUUUGCAUUUCAAAGUAUAAUCAUUUUUUGGUGAAAAAAAAAAGUUAUUCUUUUAUUCAGUUUCACAGAGGCUGGGAUUCAAGUAAAACUUUGAAUAACGAGCUUUGAUCAAAAUAUUUCCGCCAUGCUGACAAAACUGUAGAAAAUCAUUGAAGUCAUUUGUUUAAAAUACGAAGGAAGAUUUGAAGUCGUACACUUCAGGAAAUAUUUCAUUUCUCUAGAUGUUUUAUAUUUUAGAGUGAAACUUCACCUAAUGAAUAUACUGGAACUGUUACACUGUUUGGAUGAAAAAAAUCUGCCAACAUUAUUAUUAAAAUUAUUGUGUCACACAAAAAGGGUGCAGGGGCUCUUAACUUGGUGGAAAGCUCUUGCCUGAAUGAGUACCAGCAGUAUGGACUAAAAUACUGGGAAUAUGCUCUAUGACUGAUCAACAGACUCACACUUGUUGACAGGUAAUCAUCUCCUGUUUCACCUUUGACUUAACGCUGAGUUGAAAACACCAACUCAUUUUCCCUGCAGGGAUAGUGACUAAGACAUAAUAAGUCAGUAACUCAUUUCAGGACACUUCAUAUGUACAGGCAGAAGGGCUCUAAACUAGCCUCUCAUCAGCAGUGGCAGUGAUGUUCUUUAGUGAGUCAGUGACCCACAGUGUCUUGUGUCCGGGACAAAAUACAGGUGAACUGGGUGUGCCAGAGCCAGACUGGAAAAUCUGGUUUGUCUCCUUUUCCAGGGUAGCUUCCUGACAGGUACUCUGUGUUCCUGCAGGGAACAGUGAGUAAACAGAACCGUUAACUUGUAGAGGAAACAGAUCAUCUACUUAAACAAAAUGACUAGGCUUAUGACCACAAUAAAACCAUAUAUACAUUUUGACUUUGACGGAAAGCGUAAAAUAGUGGACAGACAAAAAAGUGCCAAAAAAGAUCUUUAUGUAAGUUAAUUUACUCACCUCUCAAGGGAUUGAUGACUCAGGUGACACCUAAAGAAACACUGCACGUACUGAGGAUCUUUAUAUAGGUUAACUAGUAUUUACACUGCUGCCUCGGGGUCUGACA